CACACAACUAACUUUUCCAUUGUCUUCCAACAUCUUCGUCCAUUCAGGCUGCUGAGAUUUCCGACACACACCAAUCUAUUAACGGCCUCCUGUAGAGAUGUCUGCACCAGGUUUCUCAUUUUUCUCAACCUCCCCCGCGUCCUCUAUGCGGUGGGACAAUCUCAAAAUGAACCUUUCACCAAGCAUCCAGCAUCAUGUCCGCAACGUCUAUACGAAUCUGGCGGUCAUGCUCGCUAUAUCCUCUCUAGGUGCUUAUCUGAAUAUGUCUGGGAUUAUCAGAGGGGGAACUUGGAGCUUGGUUGGGUGUAUGGGCACACUGAUUGCAUUUUCCUUAACGCCGCCUAAUCCAAGUAACGAGAAUUGGAGAAAGUAUCUCUUAUACGGGUUCGCCUUGUCCAAAGGUCUAUCGCUUGGUCCUCUACUUUCGUUCUCCCUAUACGUUAACCCUGGGACUGUCUUCACUGCUCUUCUGGGCACUUGUCUGAUCUUUGCCUGCUUCAGUUUAAGUGUGCUGACCGCUCCAAGUCGAAAUGUUUUGUACACCCGCGGCCUGCUUUCCACUGCGGCAAUGCUACUGGCGGGGCUUGGUCUUUUGAAUAUCUUUGUGGGCUCAAAAGCGAUUUUUAAUGUAGAGCUAUAUCUUGGCCUGAUGGUAUUUGCUGGUUAUGUAGUGUAUGAUACGCAGCUGAUGAUUGCAAAGGCCGAAUUAGGGUCCAGAGAUUAUCUUCGCCAUUCGAUGGAACUAUAUGUGGAUUUAGUAGCAAUAUUUGUUAGAGUUCUAUUAAUUCUCAACAAAAGAGCAGAAGAGAAGGACAAACGUAAGCGGAACGAGAAGCGGAGGUGAAGGGCGGGUCUCGACAUUGACGUAGUGAAUGGAAACAAACGUAGUGGCUAGCGUUCCAUGUUUAGAUGAUUUAUUGGAUUUUAAUUUUAACAAGCUUAACUUCCAGGUCA